AUGAAGCCGAACUUGCCUUUCAAGCUGGACGAUCCGUCCCUCCUCCAUGAGGAGUCACUGUUGAACGGCCAAUGGGUCCAAUCCGAGUCCGGAAAGCGAUUCGAUGUCGAGGCCUUGUCUACCCCCCCACAAAAAGACCCGGGCUCUUGUCAGAUCUGGGCGACCAGUCCCGCGAACGAAGUAAGGGACGUGGACAAGUAUGUCCAGUCGUCGCACGCUGCCUUUGAAAGCUACCGUCACGUCAAUCCUCGCGACCGAGCCAAGAUCCUCCUCAAGUGGCACGAACUCAUCACCAACGCCCGGGAGGAUAUCGCCAAGUUGAUUACAUUCGAAACCGGAAAGCCCCUGGCAGAGGCUGUGGGCGAGGUCGACUAUGCCCUCGGCUUCGCUUGGUGGUUCGCCGGCGAGGCAGAGCGGGUUCGGGGCUCCAUCGCCAUACCGUCUGUAUCCGGCCGCCGCACCUUUGUCAUCAAGCAGCCCAUCGGCGUGAGCGUCGCUCUCGUUCCCUGGAACUUCCCCGUCGCCAUGAUCGUCCGCAAGGUCUCCGCCGCCCUGGCCGCAGGGUGCACCAUGAUCGUCAAGCCUUCCCCGGAAACACCCUUCAGCGUCAUGGCCCUGGCGGACCUUGCUCUCCGCGCGGGUCUGCCUCCCGGUGUUCUCAACGUCAUCCCCACCGAUAACGCCAACACCCCGUCGCUCAGCGAGGCCCUUUGCAAGCACCCAUUGGUACGAAAGGUGACCUUCACCGGCAGCACGGGAGUCGGCAGCAUCGUUGCGAGACACUGCAGCGAAGGGUUGAAAAAGCUCACCAUGGAGCUGGGUGGCAACUGCCCUUUCAUCAUCUUCAACGACGGUGAUCUGGAUCAGGCGGUCGCGGCCCUCAUGAUCCUCAAGUGGCGCACAGCUGGUCAGGCAUGCACCCAUGCCAACCGAGUCUACGUGCAGAGCGGCGUCUACGAUAGGUUUGCGCAGAUGAUGGUGGAAGCCACCCAGAAAAUCCGCGUGGGUCACGGGGCCGAAUCUGGGACCACAAUGGGACCGCUCACCACUAGCCGUGGCGUGCACAAGCUGAAGCAGCACGUCGCAGACGCUGUCAGCAAAGGAGGCAAGCUGCUUUGCGGCGGGCAGCAGCCGGCAAAUUUGAGGGGAUAUUUCUUCGAACCAACAAUCAUCUCCGGAAUGACGUCCGACAUGUUGUCGUCUCGUGAAGAGAUUUUCGGUCCCCUAUUGGGCCUCUACAGGUUCGAAACUGAAGAGGAGGCUGUGAAGAAGGCGAAUGAUACGUCGAUGGGCUUAGCAUCGUACUUCUUCACAAGGGAUGUCUCCCGAACCUGGAGGCUCUUGGAAAGCCUCGAGGCUGGCAUGAUCGGCAUGAAUACCGGUAACUCCUCGUGCGCCGAGUCUCCCUUUGGUGGGAUUAAAAUGUCCGGCUACGGUAAGGAAGCCGGUAAGGAUGUUGCAAUUGAGGAAUACCUGAUCCAGAAGACAGGAACACUCACAGUUGAUGGCUUGCCGAAAUUGUAG